AUGCUCUUCUGGCUGACCAGAAUGUUAGCACUCCCAAUGAAUGAAGUUUGCUACUUCCUUUGGAUUUCCUGUGCUUUCAUUUCCACGGUGCAGCAAGGAACAGAAGACUUCCAAUGCAAUAAUGGAGUGUCCUUGCCUCCUGACAAUGUGUGUGACUUCACAGACCAGUGUGGGGACAACAGCGAUGAACAGCAAUGCUCCUAUUAUGAAAGAUGUAAUUUUGAGGAUGGGCUCUGUACUAUGACACAGGAUCAAAGUCUGCAACUUGGAUGGAUAAAGAGAAAUGGAAUGUCUGAUACUUCACCUCCAUUUUAUGAUCACAACGGUGAUAUGACUGCCCAUUUCCUCUCAUUGGUCUCCAGAUUGGAUUCUACUUCCUCAAACUUAAGAAGCAGAAUUUUCCUUCCGACUAAUAACCAAAAUGCUUGUCAGAUUACAUUUUAUCACUUCUUUAGCCAAGUGAGUGGACAGUUAAUGGUGGGCCUUCAAACUGCCUGUGAUAGUCCUAUUCAGCAUUUGUGGCAAAACACAGCUGGGCUCAAAGAUGCAUGGGAGAGAAAUGUCAUCAAAAUCCAUAGCUCACAGAGAUUUCAGAUUGUUAUUCAGGGUCAAAUGAUUUCAACUCAUGAACAGGAUGAAGUCAUAGCUAUUGAUGAUAUAUCUUUCAGUUCAGGCUGUGUGCCUACCAACGAUGAAAGUUUACAGUGUCAAGAAGCAUCAAAUACCAAGCAGGAACUAUGUUAUCCGGAUACAAAUCUCUGCCAAUUUGACUCUACAGAUGAAGGAUUAAGGUCGUGUCAAGCCUGUGAGUUUGAAUUUGACAUGUGUGACUGGUCAUCAGAUGUAUCUACUGGACAAAUUUCCUGGACUCGCACAAAAGCAAGAGAAGUUCCUGCAUUAGAAUCUACACCUCAUCAGGAUCAGAGUGGUGAUGAAGAAGGUUAUUACGUGUGGAUAGGAGCUAAGCAAGCUUUUACUCUUAACCAUCUAGUCAGAAGGGCUUUUCUGAAUAGCUCUGUAUGUCACUGCUUGGGCAAAGGCUGCCAUCUUCAAUUCUAUUACUCUAUGGAAAACAGUGUUCUGAGAGUAGGACUGUAUAAUAAUGAGGAAGAAGAAGUGUUUUGGACAUACAACACAUCAACUAACAGCAAGUGGGUCAAAGCAGAUGUGUUAAUACCAGAAGAUAUGAAGGAAUUUAAGAUUGUUUUUGAAGGGGCUCUUUUGAGCCAAAUAAGUUUUAUUGGUCUCGAUCACCUCUGGGUCUAUGCCUGUGCACAGGCCCGAUCUGGAAAGCUUUGCUCUGCAGAUGAGUUCACUUGUGCUACUGGUCAGUGCAUUGCCCAGGAAUUAGUCUGCGACGCUCAGCAGGACUGCUCUGACAGGAGUGAUGAGGACCCGGCAACUUGCUCAAAUCAUAUCAUGUGUGACUUCGAAACUGGUUUCUGUGGCUGGAAACAAUUGCUCACAGAAGACCCACACUGGGAAGUAGUGAAUGGAUUGAUGGGUAGAGAGUAUCAUCUUCCCAAUGCUGACCAUACAACAAACACGAGUCAUGGAUCAUUUAUUUAUUUUGGGACACAGCAGCCUCCUGGGGUGGCUAAGCUUGGAAGUCCUAUCCUUACAAAAUUGCUCACGGCCUCUACCCCAUGUCAGGUGCGGUUUUGGUAUCAUUUGUCUCAGCAUUCACGUCUCUCAGUUUUUACAAGAACAUCACUGGAUGAGAAGUUGCAAAAGCAGUGUGAUCUAACUGGAUUCUCCAAAUCACAGUGGAGCCAAGCAAAAAUCGACCUCUAUGUGAAGACUGGGGAAACUACUGUGCCUUUUCAGUUAAUUUUAGAAGCUACUAUUUUAUCAUCAAAUGCUACAGUUGCUCUAGAUGACAUCGAUAUUUCCCAGGAAUGUGAAAUUUCAUAUGAGUCACUUCCAGGUACCAGUAUAAAAAACCAAGCUUCCAAGUGUGAUUUUGAGGAAAACAGCUGUGGUUGGUUUGAAGCCAUUAGUGGGGACCAUUUUGACUGGAUAUGGAGCUCCAGAAGUAACCUUUCUGCUGAUUUUGAGCAACAAGCCCCAUCUGAAGAUCACACUCACAACACAGUUCAAGGGCACUUUAUGUUCAUUCUGAAGAAAAACAGCAGCUUCUCACAAGUUGCUAAACUUCAGAGCCCAACUUUCGGCCAGACAGGACCUGAAUGUACACUUUCUUUCUGGUUUUAUAACUAUGGCCUGUUGGUGGGAGCAGCUGAACUGCAGCUACAUGUGGGAAGAUCCAAUGACUCCACAGUACUUUGGAGAGUUUUAUAUAACCAGGGCAACCAAUGGUCAGAGGCCACUAUUCAGCUUGGGCGCCUGACUCAACCCUUCCAUUUGUCACUAGAUAAAGUCAGUUUUGGCUUUUAUGAUGGGAUCUCAGCUAUUGAUGACAUCAGAUUUGAAAAUUGUUCACUUCCCCCGCCUGCUGAGAGCUGUGAAGGGCCUGAUCAUUUCUGGUGUAGAUACACUAAGGCUUGUGUAGAAAAGCUUCGAUUAUGUGAUCUGGUGGAUGAUUGUGGUGACAAUUCUGAUGAGGCCGACUGUGCACCUGAACUACAAUGUAACUUUGAAAAUGGAAUUUGUAACUGGGAACAAGAUACAGAAGAUGACUUUGAUUGGACGAGGAACCAGGGUCCCACUUCAACACUUAAUACAGGGCCAAUGAAGGAUAAUACUAUGGGCACAGCUAAAGGACACUAUCUCUACAUAGAAUCUUCAGAGCCACAGGUGUUCCAAAACAGAGCUGCUUUACUCAGCCCAAUCCUUAAUGCCACUGAUACAAUGGGCUGCACCUUCCGCUUAUAUUACCACAUGUUCGGAAAGCACAUUUAUAGGCUGGCCAUCUACCAGCGAAUCUGGAGGAACACAAGGGGACAGCUGCUGUGGCAGAUAUUUGGGAAUCAAGGCAACAGAUGGAUAAGGAAAUGCCUCAAUGUUUCCAGCGUGCAGCCUUUUCAGAUACUCUUUGAAAAUAGUCUUCUUAAUGACUUUUUCGUAGGUGAUUGAUUUUUAGAAGAUCCCAGUUAUCUAGAUUAUGUGGUUUGUGUGUUGAUGCCAGGUAAUUUGCCCGUGGACUUUCCAACUCCGACAAAAACUUCCAUACCAGUGACAUUAUCUCCACACAACUGCACAGACCAUGAAUUUGCCUGCAGGUCCAAUGGUCACUGUAUUGAAAAAAUUCAGAAAUGUGAUUUUAGACAUGACUGCCCUGACAAAUCUGAUGAAUCAUCUUGUGUUAUGGAAGUUUGCAGCUUUGAAGAAGAAAGCCUGUGUAAGUGGUAUCAGCCAAUCCCAGUAAAUUUAUUCCAAAAUUUGAACACAUUCCGGUGGGGUCUUGGUAACGGAAGGGGUAUUCAUCAUGGGGAAGAAAACCACAGGCCAUCGGUGGAUCAUACAACAAAUACCAUGGAUGGCUGGUACUUGUAUGCUGAUAGUUCAAAUGGAAAAUUUGGUGACACGGCUGACAUUCUUACUCCUGUUAUUUCACUUACGGGACCAAAAUGUGCCUUGCUGUUCUGGACUCAUAUGAAUGGUGCCACAGUUGGUUCUCUUCAGGUACUGAACAAGAAAGGCAACGUUACUUCCAAAUUGUGGGCUCAAACUGGACAGCAAGGUGCACAGUGGAAAAAAGUAGAGGUGUUUUUAGGCAUUCAUUCACAUAUACAGAUUGUCUUCAGGGCAAAACGUGGCAUCAGUUACAUCGGAGAUGUGGCAGUGGAUGAUAUUUCCUUUCAAGAUUGUUCCCCUUUACUUAGUCCAGACAGGAAAUGUACUGCUCAAGAAUUCAUGUGUGCUAACAAGCACUGCAUUCCAAAGGACAAGCUGUGCGAUUUUGUGAAUGAUUGUGCGGAUAAUUCAGAUGAAACUACUCUCAUUUGCAGUAACUCUGUUGUGCGCUGUGAUUUUGAAUUUGAUCUUUGUUCCUGGGAGCAGGAUCAGGACGACGACUUUGACUGGAAUCUGAAAGCUAGCAGCAUCCCCACUGUAGGCACAGAGCCAGCUGCUGAUCAUACUUUACAAAAUUCAUCUGGUCAUUACAUCUUUAUAAAGAGCUUGUUCACUCAGCAGCCCAUGAGAGAAGCCAGAAUUUCAAGCCCAGUCAUAAGUAAGAGAAGCAAAAACUGCAAGAUAAUUUUUUACUAUCACAUGUAUGGAAAUGGCAUUGGGGGCCUCACCUUGAUCCAGGUAUCAGUCUCAAACCAAACGAAGGUUCUAUUUAACCUCACUGGAGAACAAGGCAAUUUCUGGCAGAGGAAAGAACUAUCACUGUUUGGUGAUGAAGACUUCCAACUCAAAUUUGAAGGUAGAGUUGGGAAAGGUCACUGUGGUGAUAUUGCACUUGAUGACAUUGUGCUCACAAGGAGUUGUCUAUCAUCCCACUCCAUUAAAGAAGAACAAGCAAUGCCUCUUCCAGCAGGUUACUGCCCACAUGGUUAUCCGGAAUGUCAGAAUGGCAAAUGUUACAGGCCAGCACAAAGCUGUAAUUUUGCGGGUGACUGUGGACAUAAUACCGAUGAAAAUGAGUGUGGUAGCUCCUGCACUUUUGAGAAAGGCUGGUGUGGCUGGCAAAACUCCCUGGCUGAAAACUUUAAUUGGGUUUUGGGGGUUGGCUCUCAUCAAAACCUAAGACCUCCUACAGACCACACACUUGGAAAUGAAACUGGGCACUUCUUGUAUCUGGAGGCUACUCCUGUGGGCCUUCAGGGUGAAGAAGCACACCUGAAGAGUGCUGUGUGGCAGGAAUCCAGCGCCGCCUGCACCAUGAGCUUCUGGUAUUUCCUAUCUGCAAAAGCCACAGGGUCCAUCCAGGUUCUCAUUAAGACAGAGAAAGGACUAUCAAAAGUAUGGCAAGAAAGUGACCAGAACUCCAGAGAUCACUGGCAAAAGGCCAUAAUCCUGCUAGGAAAGUUGAGGAAUUUUGAAGUCAUAUUUCAAGGUAUCAGAAUGAGGGAUCUGGGAGGAGGAGCUGCAAUUGAUGACAUUGAAUUUAAAAACUGCAUGACUGUGGGAGAGACGUCUGAGAUUUGCCCAGAAGGCACUGACUUUUUGUGCAACAACAAGAAGUGUAUUGCAUCCCACCUUGUCUGUGACUAUAAACCAGACUGCUCUGAUAAGUCUGAUGAAGCUCACUGCAGUCAGUAUACAAGUACAACAGGAAGCUGCAAUUUUGAAGCUUCAGGAAAUUGGACCACAGUUUGCAGUCUUACUCAAGACUCCCAGGAUGACUUAGACUGGGUCAUUGGCAAGAGAAUUCCUGCUGAAACAUGGGAACCAGAUUCUGAUCACACACCAGGCAAUGGGCAACACUUCCUGUAUGUCAACUCAUCUGGCCCGAGAGAAGGAUACACUGCACGGAUCACUACUUCCAAAUACUUCCCAGCAAGCCUUGGAAUAUGUACUGUCCGGUUCUGGUUCUACAUGGUUGAUCCCAACAAUAUGGGAAUAUUAAAGGUAUACACUAUUGAAGAAUCUGGGCUCAACAUUCUGGUGUGGUCAGUGAUUGGAAAUAAAAGAACUGGAUGGAUAUAUGGAUACGUUCCUCUCUCUAGUAACAGCCCAUUUAAGGUGGCAUUUGAAGCUGAUUUGGCUGGAGAUGAGGACAUCUUUAUUGCCCUUGAUGACAUCUCUUUCACCCCAGAAUGUGUAUUUGGAGGCCCUGUCACACCACAGCCGUCACCUUGUGAAGCUGAUCAGUUUUCUUGUAUCUACGUACUCCAGUGUGUCCCUCUCACGGGAACGUGUAAUGGACAGGAAGAAUGCAUAGAUGGAUCUGAUGAAAUGGAUUGUUCUCUCAGCCCUCCUCCUCAACUCUGCAGUGAAAUGGAGUUCCAGUGCUCUGCAAACCAGUGUAUCCCAUCCCUCCUGCUAUGUGAUGGAGUGCCUGACUGUCACUUUAAUGAAGAUGAAUCCAGCUGCUCCAAUGAGAGCUGUACUAAUGGAGCUCUGACAUGCACCUCCUCUAACAGCUGUAUUCCAGCUCACCAGCGCUGUGAUGGUUUUGCCAACUGCCAUGAUUUCCAACUUGAUGAGUCCAGCUGCUCAGAGUGCCCAGUAAGUUACUGCAAAAAUGGUGGAACUUGUGUAGUGGAGAAAAAUGGUCCUAUGUGUCGUUGUGGACAAGGAUGGAAAGGAAAUCGUUGCCACAUCAAAUUUGACCCUCCUCCUCCUGCAGACUUCGCAUACAUGCAAAAUAGUAUAUGGACUCUCCUGGGUAUUGGACUGGUUUUCCUGAUAACUCAUAUUACAGUUGCUGUCUUGUGUUUUCUUGCAAAUAGAAAACUACGAAUAAGGAAAACUGAGGAAAGAGGUAACUGUGCAUUUGUCCCUGCAAUUUAUGGGAAUUGGAGCAACCCAGAGAAAACAGAGAGUCCUCUAUACUCCUUCUCAAAUCCAUUAUAUGGUACAACAUCAGGAAGCCUGGAGUCUAUAUCUAAUCAUCUCAGAUAG